AGGCAAUGCCUUCUAGUGGAGAAAGCGACAGGGCUUGGCGUUGGGGCGCCUAGGUCCCCCAUGGAUCGGCGGCGGCACGGCCGUCUAAUCGGAGAGACUCCUUUUCCUCGGCGCUUUGCUUGCGGGAUGAACCUCCGGAGCAGCCCGGCUUGGAAUCAGGAAUGGACACACGGAGGAAGGGGCUGGAGCAGCCUGGAGUGGGAGGAGUUGCUGCUGCCGCUGAAGGCGAGGAUCGCGAAGGGCGCAAUAAACUGAUUAGUGGGUCAAGAAGACGGCCAUCGACUACCCUGGGCUGCGUUUUGUGUUGACAACCGUGGUGGGAGACUCGCGGGGCUCUUCUUGAGAUCCAACCAAGACGGGCACGCUUGGAUCGAAUGAGUUGCUGCUGAUCAUCCGCCCCAGCGGGGGCCUUGGGGAAGGAGAAAGACCUCGAUCCCCCUUCCCCCAAGCCUGACCGAGCAGGGCGAAAGAUGCUGAGUGAGAGCGAAGAAGAGAUUUCUCCCCAGGAAAGUCCUGAACAGGAGGUGCUUCAUGAAGUAUUACCAGAAAAAUCUGACCGAAAUGUUUCCCAAUGCCUGGCUCAGGAAAAAGAUUGGAAGACUCAGCAUGUCCCAGAGAUGCAACGGAUGUACCAGCCAAAAAAGAGGCAGUGUAAGUCUUCUCCUCACAGGGAAACAGCUAUUGACCUCAGCAAGACGGCACUGCAGAAGAAAAUGUCCAGACCAGGGAAAUCCUACAAGUGUCCUGACUGUGGAAAAUGCUUCAAGCGGUGCUCGCCCCUCAUAAGGCACAGGAGGACGCACACUGGAGAGAAGCCGUACGUCUGCCGGGUGUGUUUGAAAUGCUUCAGCGAUGGCUCUGCUCUUGUGAAGCAUCGAAGGAUCCACGCAGGAGAGAAACCAUACACGUGUCCUGAAUGUGGGAAAAGCUUCUCUCAGAGCUCGACCCUAAUUGCUCACCAGAGAAUCCACACUGGAGAGAAGCCCUAUAAAUGCUCUGUUUGUGGGAAAAGCUUCAGCGUGAGCUCAAACCUUGUGGCCCAUCAAAGGAUUCACACGGGAGAGAAACCUUAUGAAUGUUCAGUCUGUGAGAAAAGUUUCCUUGUCAGCUCGCAUCUGAUCAGGCACCAGAGGAUCCACACAGCGGAGAAACCAUACAUUUGCCGGGAGUGUGGUGAGUGUUUCACUCAGAGCUCUCACUUGGUUGUCCACAAGAGAAUUCACACUGGAGAGAAACCAUAUUUGUGUGCUGUGUGUGGGAAGAACUAUCGUGGGAUCUCAGACUUUAUUCUGCAUCAGAGAAUCCACACAGGUGAGAAGCCAUACACCUGCCUAGAGUGUGGGAAAAGCUUCCGUCAAAGCUCAUGUCUUACCAAACAUCAGAGAAUCCACACGGGAGAGAAGCCUUAUGAGUGCCAUGAAUGUGGGAAAAGCUUCAAUCGGAAUUCACAUCUCACUAGGCACCAGAAAAUCCACACAGGGGCAAGGAAUGCCGGGCAGACUCUGAUAAAAUAAAUAGUUAUUUAUCCAAAACUGAAAAUCAGACUCAUCAUCAUCAUCAUUAUUAGCAUACAGUGAGGAGAAAUUCUAGCUGGUCACUUCUCUCCCAUCUAGCACUCUCUCCUUUGUCCCACUGUCUUGAACCGCAGAUGAUUCCAAAGGAAACACAAGUUCUACCUGGGAUUGGAUCUGCUGCUAUUAUUAUCUUUUUGAAUGAAUGUGGUUGGUCUGUCUAGAUUUCCUGCUUUCUGAGUGAUGCUUUUGCAACUGUACCCCAAGGUCUAUACUAAGUUCUCAAGCACAGGUUUUCUACCAUCUUUAAAAUGUGAUCUCAUAUGUUUUCCCCUUAGACUGUGGAGUUCCAGGUCCCUUAAUGGUCUUCAGGGAAAUCUCUGGGAAUGGCUGCUGUUUCCCAAAAGGUGGAACCAAAGACAAAAUGUUCUCAUAAUAAAAACUUUCGUCUUCCUUCCUCUGUGCCGAUUCAAAUUUGCAGGAAGAACAUGUGACAGAAUCCUCCCGGAACUUUACCACGUCACAUUUGAAGUAGGGGGUGGCAUGUUUGAAAGCUGUCUCCUAUAAACAUUUCAAGUACAAGGGAAAGAAAUACAUCAGGGAGAAGGCUUUUAGCUGAGUCAGGCUCACUUUCCCUGUGCUGGAAGUUUUUACGUGAAGGAGUGUUAAAAUAUGCCACUUCCGCUCUGAAGGCUCAACUGGUAGUCUAGGAAGUCUUUGCCUCUAUGCUACAUCAGCUCUCUCAAGCUGCACUAUGGAAGCAAGAAGAAACAUCCCUGAAACAAGAUUGUUCAACUGAGAUUGAACUUUUUUCCUACAAAUGUGCUAUUGUUUUUGCAUCCAUGUGUCAUGGAAAAGACUAUUGGAACUAGUGAGUGUGCAUUAAAAAAGGAGAAUUGCCGAAGUUCAGGGCUAGAAACAUUCAUAAGACCCAAAAUCAAAUCUUUAGGAGAGGGGUGGCCAACCUGAAGCUCUCCAGCUGUUGUCAGACUACAACUCCAGUCAUCCCCUGCUGUGACAAUUGUGCCUGGGCAUGAGUGUCUGGAAGAACAUAAGAACAAUCCUGCUGGAUCAGGCCCAAGGCCCAUCUAGUCCAGCAUCCUGUUUUGCACAGUGGCCCACCAGAUGCCGCUGGAAGCCUACAGGCAGGAGUUGAGGGCAUGACCUCUCUACUGCUGUUACUCCCCUGCAACUAGUACUCAGAGGCAUCCUGCCUUUGAGGCUGGAGGUGGCCUAUAGCCCUCUGACUAGUAGCCAUUGAUAGACCUCUCCUGCAUGAAGUUAUCCAAACCCCUCUUAAAGCCACCCAGGUUGUUGGCUGUCACCACAUCUUGUGGCAGAGAAUUCCACAAGUUGAUUAUGCAUUGUGUGAAAAAGUACUUCCGUUUGUUGGUCCUAGACCUCCUGGCAAUCAAUUUCAUGGAGUGACCCCUGGUUCUAGUGUUGUGUGAGAGGGAAAAGAAUUUCUCGCUCUCCAAAUUCUCCAAACCAUGCAUGAUUUUAUAGACCUCUAUCAGGUCUCCCCGCAGUCAUCUUUUUUUCUAAGCUAAAUAGCCCCAAGUGUUGUAUCCUUGCCUCAUAAGAAAGGUGCUCUAGGCCCCUGAUCAUCUUGGUUGCCCUUUUCUGCACCUUUUCCAGUUCUGCAAGGGGAGGGGAGGCAAGGGGAGCAAUUGCCUGUCCGUAUCGAGCCAGUCCCAUUGAAACCAACAGGGCUUACUCCCUGGUAAGUAGGUAUAGAAUUGCAGCUUUUGCCCCCUGCAGAAAAGUCCUGUAGAUGCCCAUGUGGUUGGGGAUGACGGGAGUUGCAGUCUGUGAAGCCUAUGAGUGCUUAUUUCCAAGUAAAUCCCACUAGGUUUCCUGGUACUUAAUGUGCACAAGAAUGCAUAGCUUAAGGAGACAUAACAGGGAAAUGUUUCUAAGCACACUGGCUGACAUACUGGCUAAAUUUAUUUAUUCAGGAAAAUCCCAUUGAAAUUAAAAGGACAAUUUAGGCACACCUAACUUGUAGUGUAGGGGAAAGGGAAAGUGCACCAUCAAGUCGAUGUCAACUCCUGGCAAUCACAGAGCCCUGUGGUUUUUCUUUGGUAGAAUUCAGGAGGGGUUUACCAUGGCCAUCUCCCGCACAGUCUGAGAUGAUGCCUUUCAGCAUCUUCCUAUAUCGCUACUGCCCGAUAUAGGUGUUUCCAGUGAGGAUUUGAACCGGCAACCUCUUGCUUGCUAUUCAAGUCAUUUCCCCGCUGCGCCAUUAGGUGGCUAAAGGUAGCAGUAGUAAAUUUAGUCAGGAUGUCAGCCUCUGAUAGUGAAGUAAGUUCUACUGCUAUCUGCUAGGUUGGCCUCUGUUAAAGCCCCAUGGUUGGGGGUGACAAGUAGGAAGAGCUGGAUUUGGGCAGAGGUAGUAAAUGUUAGGUGGAGAAUGGGAUGGCUUCUCUUUUGGUACAUGUCAAAAACAAAAGUGGAUAGAUCUCUAGCAGUUGUGUAAUGGGCAGACAGAAAUUCAGCAUGAGAAACCUUUACCAUCACCACAUGCUGGGAAAUCAGCACUUGUUGAACUUAUUCUUGCAAUGCUGAUGAUAAAGGAACAGGAGUUUUGCUUAGGAAAUAAUCACAGCCCUAGUUAGAAAUAGCACACACAAAUGAACAUGUUCUGUUCUUAUUGAGGACAAAUGACAGAGGAAUCAGAGCAUAUUUUGAAUAUUUCUGUUUAGAAUAAAUUUGAGUAAACCACGGAAAAAGCUCAGUUUUCAUGAUGAAAGAAAUUACCACAGAAACAACCAUGUGCAGGUUUUGUGACAUGACGUUUCUCUGGUGGAUUUUAUCAAUCUGAGGCUUUGUAUCAGUUGUUUUUAUUCUUGCCUUCAUUGGUAGGGAGAUGACAAGAAUUGUGGGUUUCCUUUUAAAAAGCUGGUGAAACAUAGCAGAAUUUUGAAAAUCUAUGAAAGUAAUGCAGCAUGUGCCAUGUUAACCAAUAAGCAUAAGUGGCAUGGUUGUUAAAUAAAUGCAGCAUUUUACUUUCUGACUUGAUGUGCAUGAUCUCCGAAUUUAAUCAAUAAAGGAUAGUUGUGAGGGAAGCUGAUAAAA